AUGACUUUAGUGAUUUGUGCUAGGAAGCGUUUGUGGACAAUUGAAGAGGGAAUCGCUGUUCCUUCGCAGCAGUAUGUGAUCUCCUCCGUGGGCUGCUCAGCUCUGCAGCGCUUGGCUGCUGAAUCAGGAAUAAUAAAAGUGAAAACAAUAGCUGCACGGAACACUGAUAUUUUGGCAGCAUUGAAGGAGAACAGCUCAGAGGUAGUUCAGCCUUUUCUAAUGGGUUGUGGAACAAAGGAACCAAAGAUCACUCAGCUGUGUCUAGCAGCCAUACAGAGGCUCAUGUCCCAUGAAGUUGUUUCAGAGGCUGCAGCAGGAAACAUUAUUAAUAUGCUUUGGCAACUGAUGGAAAAUAGUCUCGAAGAACUUAAAUUGCUUCAGACAGUUCUUGUACUUUUAACAACCAAUACAGUUGUGCAUGAUGAAGCGCUGUCCAAGGCAAUUGUGCUUUGUUUUCGAUUGCACUUCACAAAAGAUAAUAUCACAAAUAACACUGCGGCAGCUACAGUGCGGCAGGUAGUUACUGUUGUAUUUGAGAGAGUGGUUGCUGAAGAUGAACGAUACAAAGAUACUAUUGACGAACCAGUUGCAGUUCAAGGAAAUAGUAACAGAAGAUCUGUCAGUACGCUGAAGCCAUGUGCUAAAGAUGCAUAUAUGCUUUUUCAGGAUCUUUGUCAGUUAGUUAAUGCUGAUGCUCCCUACUGGCUCGUGGGUAUGACUGAAAUGACCCGAACGUUUGGCCUUGAACUUCUUGAAUCAGUCCUCAAUGACUUUCCACAAGUGUUUUUACAACAUCAGGAAUUCAGUUUUCUUCUUAAAGAAAGGGUAUGCCCUCUUGUUAUAAAGCUCUUCUCUCCAAAUAUCAAAUUCAGGCAAGGUUCCAGCACAUCAUCUUCCCCAGCACCAGUGGAAAAACCAUACUUCCCUAUCUGUAUGCGUUUGCUGAGAGUAGUUUCUGUUUUGAUUAAGCAGUUUUACAGUUUGCUGGUAACAGAAUGUGAAAUCUUUCUAUCAUUGCUGGUUAAGUUCCUGGAUGCAGACAAACCACAGUGGCUAAGAGCUGUUGCAGUAGAAUCGAUUCACAGGCUUUGUGUGCAGCCUCAGCUAUUAAGGUCCUUUUGUCAAUCAUAUGAUAUGAAGCAACAUUCCACUAAAGUUUUCCGUGAUAUUGUGAAUGCACUGGGGUCUUUCAUCCAGUCGCUAUUUCUUGUACCAACCACAGGGAGCACAUCAGCAACACCAAACCAAACUGGAAGCAAUGCAUCGGGGAAUACUGGCUCAGCACAAACCAAUCCAGGAGUGCUUGGAAUGGGAGGGGGUGCAACUGUAUUACCUGCCUUUGAAUAUAGAGGCACUUGGAUACCUAUCCUGAACGUAACUGUACAAGGCAGUGCUAAAGCUACCUAG